AUGGCGUGGAGGCGACUGGCGAGCGGCGCCGCCAUGGCGGCGCAUCUCCGGCGGGGCGUCCCCUCUCCCCACUUCGCCCCCGCCCGCGCCUUCUCCGCCCUCCGCGGCCCUGCCGCCGACAGCCCUACCCUUCCUGUCAGGCACGCGUUGCAGGGCGUCUGGUCGCGGUGUUCGAGCUCGGCCCCCGCGUUUCAGGCUCGCGCCCCCAUGCUCCGGGAUCUGCUGGCCGCGAGGGUGCCCCCCGGAGUUCGUCCGAAGCUUCCAGGUCUGCUGAGGGGAUUUGGGACCGGCGGCACCGCAAUUGCUGUCAUGCUUUAUCCCACAAAGGUCGCGGAGGCACAAGAGCGACCGCCAAAGAGCCCAUCAAAAGACAUCACUGUGCUCUCACCACAUUCGAAACAAGUUCUUAGGAAAUUCUGGAAUUUGGUCAGAAAAUUUCAGCUGCCUAUCGGUUUGAUUCUCUUGAUUGUGUAUGGUUGGCGGAAACCAAUGGUUCUUGCCAUCAACACAUUGCUUCUUCUCUACUCUACAAGGCCUGACCCCUAUUCCAUAUACUUGUUUCUUCAGGAGAUUCAUCAAGGGAAGGUGCAGCAAAAUCCUGUAUUGUGGAAGGAGGAGGUCAUCCAGACAAGAAAAGUUGAUACCGAAGACUACAAGUUCUUUUCUAUUGGGACGGUCGAAUUAAAGGACAGAACAGUACUGCAUGUGAUUGGAAUUCUGGGCAAUUGGUGGAUCUAUCAUGUGUCGUAUGACAAGAGAGUGGAGCAGUUGUACUUGUAA